AUGUCCCUCCGCCCAACCAUCCUCACAAAAUGGAUCUCGCGCCCUAGCGAGAUCCUCAAAACACCAAGCUUGACCUCAUACCUCCACCCCUCGACCCGCCUAUCGCUUCCACGCCGCAGUCCAAUCUUCUCUCCGGGACCUCAAGCAUCACGACGAAGCUUCGGGACAACGCGCUUCUCGACGCGCACCCGGCCGGGACCGAGCUCGUUCCAGUUCAAGCAGCGCCGGUUCAAUUCCGGGUCUACUGGCGGCAGUAAGGGAUCCGGGUCCGGAGCUGAGGAGAAGGGCUCGCUAUCGCAGCGAUUGAAGAAGCUCUCGCGGGAGUAUGGAUGGGCUGCGCUAGGCGUGUACCUUGGAUUAUCUGCGCUGGAUUUCCCAUUCUGUUUUGCGGCUGUGCGGUUGCUUGGUGUUGAGCGCAUUGGAUACUAUGAGCAUGUUGUUGUUGGGUUUGUUAAGGAUAAGUUCAAGUCUGUGUGGCCGCAGACUAAGGGUUCUGAGGUGGAGGAUGGGCAAGGACAACUUGCUCAAGCUGAGGAGCGGAAUCAGGAAGAAGCUAGUAUCUGGACACAAUUGGUUUUCGCCUAUGCUAUCCACAAGAGCUUUGUGUUUAUUCGAGUGCCGUUGACUGCGGCUGUGACACCAAAGGUUGUGAAGACGUUGCGUGGAUGGGGAUGGGAUAUUGGGAAGAGGAAGCCCAAGAGUACGUGA